AUGAUUAAACCAAAAAUGAUACAAAACGAGAAAGAUUUAUCUUAUUGUUAAGGACAUAAGUUACAUGUUGUUGUUACGAUUGCACUUGAUCGAGCAUUAUCAAAGAAUUAAAACCUACAGAAUGUUAAGAGAAUACAGAUUUGGAUAGUAAAUUAGUUGGAUUAAAACAAAUUAUUUAAUUAAUUGAAGAAGGCUAAAAAACUAAGUAGAAGAUGA